AUGGACAUACUAGAGGACCUUGAGUCCCUUCAGUUUGAGCGCGGGAUUGAAGAGGAAAACCGCAGCUGGCUGUACUUGCAGCAUCGUUGCCACGGGCUGAUGAUCAAGGGCUGUGCCCAUGCGACCUUCUUCUGUAAGCUGCUCCAUAAUUUGAGCAAACUAUUACAGGAGAAGAAAACUUCCAGGUGUUCCUCGACUGAAUCACUUGCCAACGCUCCUGAAGACGAUGAUGAGUUAAAGGUGGGCAUCAUUGGAGGUGGCCACCUUGGGAAGCAGCUGGCUCGUGUACUGCUUCAGCUUGUCCCCAUCCCUGCUGAGAGACUGCGGAUCUCCACUCGGAGGCCAGAGGCCCUGGAUGAGUUCCAGAAACUGGAAGUCCAGUGCUUUUACGAUAACUCUCACCUGGUGGGCUGGGCCAACCUGGUGUUCCUCUGCUGCCUGCCAUCGCAGCUGCCCAGUAUCUGCACAGAAAUACAAAACAGCUUCAGAAAAGCCUGCAUUGUAUACAGCUUCGUAUCUGCCGUCCCGAUACCCAGGUUGAAAAACCUACUGAACCACACCAACAUCUUGCGGCCUCAGUACCAGUGUGUGGAAGGUUUUGCCCACAUCGUGGGGGCCAAUAAGGAAAUCAUAGCUGCUCUCCAAGAUCCUGUGAUUCUUCAGGCUACCUGCCCCAGCGAUCCUGCCGGCGGAGUAAUCCUCAAUAUCAAGUGGUUGGAUGGGGUGUUCUAUGCGGCUCUAAACGUCUGUACGGCAAAGGCCGCGCAUCUCUGGCAAGCGCUGCAGCUUGUGAAUGAGCUGUUUCCUGCUUCAUGCUUCAAAAAAUGUAGGAAGGAUGGACCACCUUGCCCAAAGCUUCAAUUAGGGCACUUUCUCAACGAAACCUAUAUUGAGAACCUGUCUCCGAAAAGCUGUCUCCCCUGGUUUGAUCUCACUAUUGUGCAACUCAGGGACACUCCCUUUAGCGACAACCUCCUGACCCAUCCGGCUCUCCAAGACCACGUCACCCACCUGUACUGUAAUUCAUUUGGCAUCUCCCUCCCCGAAGAACAGCACCAUGUGGCUCCCCCAGACUCUCCAUCCGAGUGA